GCAUUUGUAUGAGCGCGUUUUUCUCUCUUUCUUUUCUCUCUCUCUAACCAGCAAGAGUGGUGGGAGGGGGGGCAAAGACAGAGAGGGGGACUCAGUUUCUUCGCCUUUGUAACUGAGGUCCCAGGAUUCUUGAGCUGUGCCCAGCUGACAAGCUUUUGAAGAUGGCACAAUAACUGUUCAGUGAUGCCUGACCAUGACAGCACAGCCCUCUUAAGUAGGCAGACCAAGAGAAGAAGAGUUGACAUUGGAGUGAAACGGACGGUAGGGACAGCAUCUGCCUUUUUUGCAAAGGCGAGAGCAUCGUUUUUUAGUGCCAUGAAUCCCCAAGGUUCCGAGCAGGAUGUGGAGUAUUCAGUGGUGCAGCAUGCAGAUGGGGAGAAGUCAAAUGUGCUUCGCAAGCUGCUGAAGAGGGCAAACUCCUAUGAAGAUGCCAUGAUGCCUUUUCCAGGAGCAACUAUAAUUUCCCAGCUGUUGAAAAAUAACAUGAACAAAAAUGGUGGCAACGAGCCCAGCUUUCAAGCGAGUGGCCUCUCCAGCACAGGCUCAGAAGUACAUCAGGAGGAUGUGUGCAGCAACUCUUCAAGAGACAGCCCCCAAGAGUGUCUUUCUCCAUUUGGCAGACCCACGAUGAGCCAGUUUGAUAUGGAUCGGUUGUGCGAUGAGCACCUGAGAGCUAAGCGUGCCCGGGUUGAGAAUAUCAUUCGAGGGAUGAGCCAUUCCCCAAGUGUGGCAUUAAGGGGCAAUGAAAAUGAAAGAGAGAUGGCUCCACAGUCUGUGAGUCCCCGAGAAAGUUACAGAGAAAAUAAGCGCAAGCAAAAGCUGCCUCAACAGCAGCAACAGAGUUUCCAGCAGCUGGUUUCAGCUAGGAAAGAGCAGAAGCGAGAGGAGCGCAGACAGCUGAAACAGCAGCUGGAAGACAUGCAGAAGCAGCUGCGCCAACUUCAGGAAAAGUUCUACCAAAUCUAUGACAGCACAGAUUCUGAAAAUGACGAAGAUGCUGGUAACCUCUCUGAAGACAGCCUGCAUUCGGAAACACUGAAUGGCAGGGCGAGAGAUUCUGUGGGAAGGUCAGAUAAUGAAAUGUGUGAAUUGGACCCAGGGCAAUUCAUUGAUCGUGCAAGAGCUCUGAUUAGAGAACAGGAAAUAGCGGAGAACAAACCCAGAAAAGAUGGCCUCAAAGAAAAAGAUCAUGGGCCCAACUCUUUUCAUCCAGAAGGCAAGCACUUGGCUGAGACGCUAAAGCAGGAAUUGAACACUGCCAUGUCUCAGGUUGUGGACACUGUGGUCAAGAUUUUCUCUUCAAAGCCUGUACGUCAACUGCCUCAGGUCUUCCCACCUCUUCAGAUCCCCCAAGCAAGAUUUGCUGUCAAUGGGGAGAACCACAACUUCCACACAGCAAACCAGCGCCUCCAGUGCUUUGGGGACAUCAUCAUUCCAAACCCACUAGACACCUUUGGGAAUGUGCCACUGUCGAAUUCCACAGACCAAACAGAAGCACUGCCCCUAGUUGUCCGCAAAAAUUCAUCAGACCAGCCUACUUCUGCCCCACCUCCUGGCAGCCACCAUGCUGCUCUCCAUCAAUCUCCACUGUCCGCCACCACAGGGUUCACUUCAUCUUCGUUUCGCCAUCCCUUUCCUCUGCCCCUUAUGGCAUACCCAUUUCAGAACCCCUUAGCGGCUCCUCCUGCCUCCUUCCCUGGGAAAGACAGAGCCUCCCCAGAAUCCUUAGAUUUAACAAGAGAGACCACAAGUCUGAGGACCAAGAUGUCAUCACAUCAUAUGAACCAUCACCCUUGUUCACCAGCACAUCCUCCUAGCACUGCAGAAAGCCUCUCAAUAUCUCUCAUCAAGUCUGAGUGUGGUGACCUUCAAGAUAUUUCCGAAAUCUCACCUUAUUCUGGCAGUGCCAUGCAGGAAGGUUUGUCACCAAACCACUUAAAAAAGGCCAAGCUUAUGUUCUUUUAUACUCGGUACCCAAGUUCCAAUAUGCUGAAAACCUACUUCUCAGAUGUAAAGCAUCAUUCAUCCAGAAGAAGCCCAAAGUGCUUUACAAACAGCCAAUAUAGGGAUCAUUCACCCACCACAGAAAGGCAACCGCUUCCGUGGUGGAAGGCAACAGCCAUUCGGGGUCAGCAACAUCACACACCAGUAGAUUUCAACAGAUGUAUUACUUCUCAGCUCAUCAAGUGGUUUAGCAAUUUCCGUGAGUUCUACUACAUUCAGAUGGAGAAGUAUGCACGUCAAGCCAUCAAUGAUGGUGUAACAAGCACUGAAGAGCUGUCUAUAACCAGAGACUGUGAGCUGUAUAGAGCCCUCAACAUGCACUACAAUAAAGCAAAUGACUUUGAGGUUCCAGAGAGAUUCCUGGAAGUGGCUCAGAUCACAUUACGAGAGUUUUUCAAUGCCAUUAUCGCAGGCAAAGAUGUUGAUCCUUCCUGGAAGAAGGCCAUAUACAAGGUCAUCUGUAAGCUGGACAGUGAAGUUCCUGAGAUUUUCAAAUCCCCAAACUGCCUCCAAGAGCUUCUUCAUGAGUAGAGAUUUUCCACCGCUAUUUAUGAAUGUAUUAAAAAAGUAGCAGACUUUUCCUUUUUAUGCCCAAGCUAUGUGUGAAUGUGUGUGUAUGUGUUUCUAUAUUAAUUUCAUAUAUGAAAUCAGAUCAGAAUCCCUUGUGAUUUCUUAUAAGUUUAGGUCAAUAAUAAGUGUAUAAUUAUUUUAACUCCAGCUUUUGUUUUACUUUUGCCUGUGACUUUUAACAUUUUGGGGGCAAAACAGUAUUGGGGCAUUUUCUUCCCCUUCUGGUCUCUUUUCUUAUCCCUUGAGAAGAAGAAUGAUUUGAAGUGUGUACAAGCCUUCUAUCUAUCUAUC